CUGGGGACUGCGGGUUUGGGUUUCUUCACUCGGCCUCGGCUGCCAUCACCUCUGCCUUACUGGGAGGCCGGAGUGGCCCUGGGUCCCUGGGCACCAGCGAGGCCUGGCCCGGGGUCACGGCCCACCUCGGCGGGGCUGCUUGCAGAGGCUGGCCGUAGACCCAUCACACACAGGCGCCAUGAUGCUUCAGAAGCUCUUCCGGUUGUCCUCCGUCAUCCGCUCCGCCGUGGCAGUGCAGCUGCGGAGGAACAUCGGGGUCACGGCAGUGGCAUUUAAUAAGGAACUUGAUCCUGUGCAGAAACUCUUCGUGGACAAGAUCAGAGAAUACAAAUCCAAGCGACAGGCAUCAGGAGCACCUGUUGACGCAGGCCCAGAGUACCAGCAAGAUCUGGAGAAGGAACUGUUUAAGUUGAAGCAAAUGUUUGGUAAAGCAGACAUGAAUACAUUCCCUACCUUUAAAUUUGAAGAUCCCAAAUUUGAAGUAAUUGAGAAACCCCAGUCCUGAAGAAAUAAUGGAAAGUUAAUCUGGUAAUCUGUUGUGUAUUACUUAUACAAUUAAGGAGAGGUUUCACAAUAAACAUACGUUUGGCAAUGA